UGUCACUGGCUCCUAGUGACAAAAAUAUGAUUAAAAACAAAGCGAUGAAUAAGACCAGACUACUGAUCGUAUUGUUUACGUUGUAUUUUACGGUAAAGGCGGUUGAUUAUGAAGGUACCAGCACAUCGACCAGAUUACAAACGAGUUUGAAAGGACGGGUACUACGAGUUGUCACUGGACAGUUUUUUCCUGUGAGUUACGUUCUGCGAAAUUCUUCCGGCCAAAUUGAAUAUGGCGGGUUCUUGCAUCAUCAAAUCCAGUACAUGUCUCAGAAAUUGAAAUUCACAUAUGAAGUGUAUCUUGCUGCCGAGAACACGAAUGGAAUCAAACACAACGGAACUUGGAUCGGCUUGAUCGGGGCCCUUUUGAGAGACGAAGCUGAUUUGGGAUUAGCACCAUUUGCUACAACUCUUGAGCGCUAUGAAGCUAUCGAGUUCAGCGGAUUAUUAGGCGGGGACUAUACGGGCAUCCUUGUGAGAUAUCCAGAGGCCAUUGUCUCUUUAACUAGUGCGUAUGACGUGUUCUCUUAUGAAGUCUGGAUAGGAAUUUUGAUCUCCAUAGUCUCAGUGGUAAGUCUCUUUAUUGCGUUGACUCACGCGGGAGUGCGUUUCUUCACGCGUGACAAAAAUAACGAAACGAAAGUGGGAACCCAGAUGAUGUUCGUUUUGAGUACAAUCACAUCGCAAGGUGGUUAUUUCCGAUCACGCCAGUCUUCGUUGUAUGUCCUCGCUGCGACGUGGUGUUUCGCAGCUUUUGUUUUCGUCAACAUUUACAACUCCACUUUAGUUUCUUACAUGUCUGUCAUUUACCAAAAACCUGAAAUCAAUUCUUUUGGAGAUUUGGCAGCUUCUUCGUACAAGACAACUGUAUCAAUUGGCUCAAUUUCUCAUUUGGAAGUGAAUUCAGCGAAAUCCGGAGACAUGAAAACAGUGGCUGAUGCCAUCGAACGAUGCUCUGAUUGUAAGAAACAUACUGUCCAAGAUUUAGUUUCUGCCGUUGUAGAAAAAGAGAACUACGCUGGAAUUCUAACAUUCGCUGUGGGAUAUGCCGUCAUGCUAAAUUACAACACAGGAAAACAAUGUCGUUUAACGAUGGCUAAAGAGAAAACUGCGUGGAAACACAUGUACUACGCAGUCCCGAAAACAAGUCCUUACACUGAAGAAAUCAAUAGAGAGGCUCUAUGGUUCCUUGCUUUUGGACUACGUGAUUAUCUUUACAAAAAGUACGAAACAGAGCCGGCCCAUUGUCAGUUGCGAUACAACAACAAGGGCGUUUCGACCAAGAGUUCCAGCAAUCCAAUUAAACUAGUCCAGUUUUACCUGCCCUUUCUGAUUCUUUUCGUUGGCUAUGCAGUGGCUUGUUUUCAGUUCUGCAUCGAAAAGUUUUACUACCCAACUCGUCAACGGAAAUUGCAGUCGUGUUUUAGAGGAUAGUGUCCUUUUUAAAGAAGAAAUCCCUCGUUAGUUCUUAAAUGAACGUAGUCAAUUGAAACAUUGGUCAAUAUUUGCUGUUUAAUUUCUCAUUAAAAUCAAAAUGGACACAAAGAGUCUGGCCAUAUAACGGAUCAGAUGUAGUCUAUAUAACUCUUCAUCAAAGUAGUUUUUGUGUAGUACAGGUGUAGUUGAGGUAAGGUCAUUCGUGUGUCUCUCUAAAACCUGUAAAAUGUAUACCAACGGACCCUAGAAGAAUAAAAAAGGUCAGACAAUCGA